CUUGUGAAAAGCCAAAGUGCGCACACACGCAACGCAGCAACAGUGCGCCUGUGCCGCGAGGGAUGGCUGAACAGUACACGACUCGACCUCAAUGAGGCAUCAAGAUCUGAGUUUGAUGCAGGACCUGCCUGGAAUUACUAGGAGGACAAAAUGCGGAGUUAUGAGUUCACACUGUCGCCGUGUUGAGUCGCCGCUGUGCAGUAAUGAGUGUGAGACGGGGCUAUCCAGAUUACUGUGCCGUGAAUAAUGUGUAGAGCUGCCGAGCUGCAGAUCUUCUGACUGGGAAACUUGUUUGUCGGUUGUUUUGAUCUGAAACAAGAUGCAUCUCUUUCGGACUCACAAUUACCAAGUGUUCCCGGACCGCUGCUCGGUGGAAAAACAGACAAUACGGGGCAUCAGCUGGACUCCACUGCCAGAGGCUCUGAAUUCAAAGGACACUAUGAAGCAGUUUCUCUCAGAUCGCGUGGUGAAGGCAGCCAGAUCAGUAUAUAGUGUCAUGAUUGAGAAGAACCCUGGUCUGAUCCGAGAUAGAAAGCAUCACCUCAAAACAUACAGGCAAUGUUGCUCCGGUAAGGACCUUGUUGAUUGGCUGAUGACCCAAAAUGAAGGCCUCCAAUCAAGAAGUCAGGCAGUGGGAAUAUGGCAGGUCUUAGUGGAUGAGGGAAUACUUCUCCAUGUGAAACAUGAGUUGAAUUUCCUCGACAAGGACACACAGUUCUAUCGCUUCCAAGACUCCCAGUUUGGACUUAACCACAUAUCGAAUGAGAAGGAUUCAGAGGAUGAACUACAGGAAGCUCUGUCUCUGCUGUCUCAGCUUGGUCCUGAUGCUCUGCUCACUAUGAUUCUACGUAAAUGCCCCAGUCAGAGGAGUCCCGAGGACUUGGAGGUUAUCUACGAGGAGCUGCUCCACGUCAAGGCUGCCGCUCAUCUCUCCUCUUCAGUGCGUAAGGAGCUGGCAGCAGUGCUCGUCUUUGAAUCACAUGCCAAAGCUGGAACAGUCUUGUUCAGUCAAGGGGAUAAAGGAACCUCUUGGUACAUCAUCUGGAAAGGCUCUGUAAAUGUGAUCACGCACGGGAAGGGUCUGGUGACUACUCUCCAUGAAGGUGAGGAUUUUGGGCAACUAGCUUUGCUAAAUGAGCAACCUCGAGCCGCCACCAUCAUCUUGCGAGAGGACAAUUGUCAUUUCCUCCGUGUUGAUAAACAGGACUUCAUAAGGAUCCUCAAGGACGUGGAGGCUAAUACAGUACGACUGGAAGAGCACGGGAAGACUGUGCUGGUGUUGGAAAAGAGUGCAGACUCGACUGAACAAGGAGGAGCAGGGAACAGCAGCAAGUACACAGUUAUGUCAGGAACACCUGAGAAAAUCUUGGAACACCUACUGGAAACAAUAAAGUUGGAGUCUAAUGGAAAUGAUGCUAUAGAUUCUUGUGUGAGUGACUUCCUGCUCACCCACAAAGUCUUCAUGCCCUCCAGCCAGCUCUGUCCUGCACUACAGCACCAUUACCAGGCACAGCUUGCUGAGGGCUCAGAGCAGGAGAAGACUGCCUAUGUUCUCAACAUUAAGCAGAAAGUAGUAAAGUUGGUUGGCCAGUGGGUGGCACUGUUUGGCCUUCACCUGAAAGAAGACCCUAUUGCCUUGGACUUUCUGGAGAGAUUAAAGAAAGACAUGGCAGCGAAUUCACAACUGUUCAAUGUGCUGAAGGACUUCAGAGAAAGGAGGAGGACAAAAGUGUUGGAGAAUGGCUAUCAGUCACUGAGCAGGAACCACCAGUUUGAUUGGUUUUCAAACUUUGAGGAGUCAGUGGGGAGGGUACAACCAAUCAAAGCACAUGAUAAAGUGUUGUAUGAGAUCUACAGGCCAGACAACAAACCUCUCACUCUGAUGCUGCCGGUGAAUACAUCUGUACAGGAGAUAAUGUCAGCAUUAGGAAAAGCUGGAGAAGAUCAUGUCCUCAUCAAAAUGAACUCCACAGGAGAAAGAGCUCAGCUAAAGCUGGAUGCUACUGCAGUCUACACCGCCCUGGGACUCAACGAGAGACUGUUCAUCUGCACAAUCAGCGAAGUGGAACAACUGACACCUCUAAAGGAGCAGCAGGGUCCAGAGCAAGGAACCGCUGACAUCCUUGAACAGAUGUCUUCUAAAGACAUUGCCAGUGAGCUCACCAAUUAUGACUGGGAGUUGUUCACUGCCAUGCACGAGGUGGAGCUGGUCUACUACAUCUUUGGGCGCCACAAAUUCCCUGGAGCCAUCACGGCUAACCUGGAGCGGUUUGUGCGUCGCUUUAAUGAGGUGCAGCACUGGGUACUGACUGAGCUGUGCCUAUGUGAAGACCUUGUGAAACGUGCUAUGCUGCUCAAGAAGUUUAUCAAGAUUGCUUCCGUAUUAAAGGAGCAGAAGAAUCUAAAUUCAUUCUUUGCUGUGAUGUUUGGCUUAAGCAACAGUGCAAUUCAGAGGCUUUACAAGACCUGGGAGAGAAUACCCAGCAAGACAAAAAGGAUUUACUGUUCUCUCGAGAGACUCAUGGACCCUUCACGCAACCACAGGGCGUACAGACUGGCUAUAGCUAAACUCAGUCCUCCUUACAUUCCCUUCAUGCCUCUGCUGCUGAAAGACAUGACAUUUAUCCAUGAGGGAAACGCAAACUACGUAGACAAACUGGUCAAUUUUGAGAAAAUGCGAAUGCUUGCCAAAACAGUGAAAAUCGUUCGAGGAUGCAGAAGCCAACCUUAUGUGCCUUCAUCUCCACAGAGAGGCCUGGCAGAUCGUAUGUUUCUGGAAGGCGCUGCUACUCGCUUGUCUACAUAUUCAGAUCACACCCUUCCUCUGCGGACUUCCACAAACAUCCGGCACUAUAUCCAAAACCUGAAGGUGAUUGACAACCAGCGCAAGCUGACGCAGCUAUCGAGAACAAUCGAUUGCUAGGACAUAUGCCUGAAAAUGUGCAAGGACUGUGAAACUGAAGCAAAAUCACAGCCGAAAAAUGAACUCUGUAUAACGGAAUAAAACCUCCAAACUUAUCUCAAUUAGAGGUGGGAACUGGACCUUUGGAGAUGUAGCAUCCCAUGGAAAUUCAUUGUUACUUAAGGAGUUUGGACGUUACUGGAGAAGCUUUCUGCACAGCAAAACAUUGACAGUGAAAAUGGGCUCUGUGCACAGAAAUGAGCUCCAGUGGCCCUGACUCUGUGUUGACAGGACUUGUGGUUAUUCAGAAAGCCUUAUGUCACACUGGUGUCUAAACAUUUCAAGUGAUCCCUUCAAAAGGAAAUGUUACAACAUGAUGUACAGUGAAGUAUUCUUGUCUUUGGUGUCAAAAUUCAUUUUGUGAAGUUUUUUAUACUGCUGUCUGUGGAAGAAUCACAUUGUUUUUUUCACAAAACUGCCAUAAGAACACAUUCUCCAGACCUGUGCCACAAUUAACCACUUUAGGUCAGUGCACAAGUGUUUUUGCAUUAAAAAUAUUGUAUCAGAUCAUGUUUGGCACUAACUGACAUGCAUAAUUUCGUAUAUUAUUUUCUAAAUAAAUUAUUUUCCCACUAAUGUGUAUUUAAUGACAGUACAAAAAUGUUUAAAAAGGAAUCAUUUUAUUUAAAGUACAAACCGUAACAGGUAAAAAUUGACCUUCAAAGAGCCCCCAUUCCACCUGACAUUAAAGGGUCUCCCCAAUAUGGGGUGAGGAUAAUAACAAUUCUCCAUCUUAUUAAUAUUUACAACACCUUUUUGAAAGUCCUGGCUAAGACAUGUAAAUAACAAAAUGAAGAAACCAGUGCUUUCUCCUGAUGUAACUGAGGAGGAAGAAGUAAAAUGAUCCCAUCAUUAUAAAUAAUGAUUUUCUGUGUUUCAUUAAAAAAAAAGUCUGACUACAUUUUAGGAUAAAAGUAAUUUUCCAAACGCAAAUUUUGUGGACUAUCUGGAAAAUUGUAACUAUCAACUACGAGGGGAUUUAUGAAGAGAAUUUAAUGAAGCAAACAAAUGCAUUGCAGACGGUCAGUAUGAUGCUGUUUGGACAGGUGCAACACCAGAGCACAUAAAUCACCGAACUAAUUCAGCAUACCAGAAAUGUGCUUGUAUUUUUAUGAAAAUCUAUGCUACAAAAAGUGAGAUCAGAAAGGUCCUGCAGUGGUGAGUACAUAUGAAGUGGGAAAAAUCCUUGAAAAACAAAAUCUUUCACACCUGAAAUAAUGCUUAGUGAGAAAAAGCAAGUGAACCACCAACAAAGGAUUUGGCUACAUGUUCAUCACAUACCUUCACACGUAAAGGUCUGAUUUAUCACAAAUCAAUCACAAACAAAACAUAAAUCAAAAGAAAGCACUGUAAUAUUAAAACGAGUGAAUAUAAAUAUUGCACUUCCAAACAACAUGUAGUUCCCAGUGCCUAGCUGUCAUCCCUUUGUUAGAGGUAUUUAUGCUAUCAAUUUGAAAAGUAACGCAGAACUGGUUAAGCUCAGUUAUCUCAAGCUACUGAUGUGAUUGGCAUAAAAAGGACUAGGCAGUGGGAAAGGUAAUAAGACAAAAACAAACAUUCAUAAAUAUACCAUCCACACAAAUGCAUGUAUUCAUGAAAUCUCGCAUGUAUACAUGUAAACACACACAACUGGAACGGUAACUGACAAGCACUAAGUAUUUACAUUAAGGACACAUUAACCUUAUGCACAUGUCAAAAGAAACCAACACGAGGCAUUUUAACGUUGCGUCCCUGCAGCCUCUGGGUGUGGGAUGGCUUCAGCUACUUCUCAUUUUAAGCAUGGGCAGCGUUUACACAAAAAGAGAAAAAAAAGAAUAGAAAAAUACAGUAUCUCACAGCAACACACAUUUUAUGCUGAAAAAGAAUCAUUCUGCCUUCAGCCUACUGUCAAGGCUACAGGAUUGCUGAUUGUCAUGUCUUCAGUUUAAAAAAAAUAUAUAUCAUUAUAUGCUUAUUUCCUCCACCGUAAGCACAAUUUGCUUCAUUUAGGCUUCCAUCUUGAAUUAACCCAAUCCAAACAAAGCAGGAGUAAUGACAUUAAAAAUAAAACUAAAU